CAGAUCUGCGGUGCCGCAGCCAAUCAGAAAAAAGCCCCCCCCUCCCCUCCCCGCGGGCGCGUCCCGCCGGGGCUCCGCACUUCGGGUUCCUGUUGCGCGCGGGGCAGCGGCACGUGGCGGGGAGCGGCAGCAGCGGGCGGCCCGCAGCAGGAGCCACAUGUCAUGGCUGACGAGGAGCAGGGCGCCCGAGCUGCCAGAAAGGGAAGUUUGUCACCCAGCAGCUCCCGGGGCAGCACGACGGAGUCAAGCACCCUGCUGCAGGAGCUGAAGAGCACCAUCUCCAAAGCCGUGCAGAACAAAGUGGACUCCAUCCUGCAAGAUGUCCAGAAGUUCUCAGACAAUGACAAGCUCUAUCUCUACCUCCAGCUGCCGACGGGACCGAGCCUGGGGGAGAAGAGCAGCAGCCUGGACCUGAGCUCGCUGAGCACGGCUGAGUACACGCACGCCUGCAACUGGAUCCGGAAUCACCUGGAGGAGCACACGGACACCUGCCUGCCCAAGCAGGACGUCUACGAUGCCUACAAGCGGUACUGCGAGAACCUCUGCUGCCGCCCGCUGAGCGCCGCCAACUUCGGCAAGAUCAUCCGGGAGAUCUUCCCAAACAUCAAGGCCCGGCGGCUGGGGGGCCGGGGGCAGUCCAAGUACUGCUACAGCGGGGUCCGGAGGAAGACAGUGGUCAGCCUGCCACCCCUGCCCAGCCUGGACCUCAAAGUGACAGAGACCCAGUCGGAGCUGACGGAUCUGGUGCAGUCCUACAACAUCGAGGUGAUGGAGGCGGCCUGUGCCCUGACCUGCGACUGGGCCGAGAAGAUCCUCAAGCGCUCCUUCAACAACAUCGUGGAGGUGGCGCAGUUCCUCAUCCAGCAGCACAUCAUCAGCUCCCGCUCGGCCCACGCCGACCUGGUCAUGGCCAUGGUGGUCUCAGAGGGCACGGAGAAGAUCCCCCGUGAGAGCCGGGCCCCAUCGGCAGCCAGGAAGAGCAGCGCGGACACCUCCGAGAGCGGUGACAGGAGCCAGGGGCAGGUCAAGAAGGAGAGCGGCCCCAAGGCUCCCGCUGCGCCCCGGCCGGACAAGAAGAAGCCCCCGGAGCCCCCCAAGGCUGCCCCCAGCCCCCAGGUGAACGCCUUGGUCGCCCGCCUGCCCCUGCUCCUGCCCCGCAUCCCCUCGGGGGAGCGCCCCACGGCGCCGGGGGCCGCCGCCGCCCGCUCCUCCCCUCCCGUCCUGGCGCCCAAGCUGACGGCGGCCCCGCUGGGGGGGGGCACGGUGAAGGUGGCGCUGCCGCUGCCGGUGAGCGCGGCCUCCCCGGCGCUGCCGCUGGGGCUGCGGAGCCCGCAGGCGGCGGUGCCGGUGCUCAACGUCCUCCUGCCCGGCGUCAGCGUCCCCGCGGCAGAGAGCCCCGCCAAGCCGCGGAGCGCGGGGCCCGGCCCCCGGGACUCGCCGCACCCCAAGGCCGCCAAGAGGCUCCCGGAGGCCCCCGGCGACCCCGUCCCGCAGAAGCGGCGCCCCGGGCGGCCGCGGAAGAGGCCGGAGGACCGGGGGGGGGCGGCGGCGGCGGAGCCCCGAGGAGGCGCGGACCGAGGGGCCGGGGCUUCCACGCCCGCCCAAGCCGGCAGAACCGGGGCUGCCGACGGCCCAGAGCGGGCACCGGAGGCGCAGCGGAGCCCGGGCGAUGCCGGGGGGGAGCCCGCGGCGGGGACCCCUCCCGAGCCCGCCCCGUCCGCGCUCUCGGGCUCCCCGGGGCUCAGCGCGGUUUUAACGUUAAAACCGGCGGGUUUGGGCAACCGAGGCCCCGUCCACGCCUCCGCCUCCCGCGCGGGUGCCGCCGAGCCGGCAGGGGGCGCUCCCGCGGCCAGGCCUGCCCGGCCCCUCUGCCCCCUCCGGCGGCGUCGCGGGCAGCCCGGGCCUGCGCGUUCCCCGCCGGGUGAGCACCGGCACCGGCACCGGCCCCGGCACCGGGAGAGCUCCGGGGCUCCCCCCGCGCCUCCUCCCCGUGCCCCCGGCGGCAGCAGCAGCAGCGUCACCCGUGUGGCCGGCGGGAGGGACGGGCCUGCUGGAGCCGGGCUGAGGCCGUCAGGCUCCGGUGCAGGCCCUCGCCGCUCACUGGGCCGGGCCCGUGCCGCUUCCCCCUCCCCUCCACACACAGCCCGGGCUCGCCGGUACCGGCGGCCGCGGCUCUGCGGGCCGGGAGCUCCUCUUCCGCCCGUGCUCCCCCAGCCGCCGCCGAUCGCCCCCCCCCCCCGCGGAGCUGCUGCCCAGGAUGAGCCGCCCGCGCUGCCCCGGCUCCCGGCGUCCCAGAGCGGAGACGUGGCCGUGCGCGAUGGGAUCGCACCAGGUACCGCAGCUCAGCCCGGGCCUUCCGGGACCCGCGGGCCCGUUACCCCCUCCCGGGGUUGGGGGGACGGGGCACAGGGCAGCGCCGGGGCCGGGUGA